AUGCACGACGGCGACAAACUUCAACUGCCCAACUCGGCUACUCCGCCAUCGUACUCCUCGCCUCAAGCCAUGACUUUUGACAACCAACUGGCAGUAACAGAUUCCACGUCGUCCAAUUCAUCUGCUUUCGACGACUUCGGUGCCUCGCAGCCUUCGCAACCGGGCCUUGCCCAAUUCUUCACUUCCACAAUGAACAAUAUGCACCGGACAUUCACGCCUACCCCUCCUUCGGGUUUCAACGGAGAUGUCACUCCAUCGAGUCAUCGUACUCUUGGAUACGAGGCCGUGAUGCACUCGCCGGCCCCUGCGCUGAAUUUUGACCAGGUGCUGUCAAUUGCAACCGCAGAGCAGCUGUACCGCCACAAUGCCCCCUUUCGCCAGCUAUAUAACUCCAACCAAGAGCUUCGCCAGGAGCAUACGGCCCUGCAGGCUACUGUGCAUGACCUUCGGAGGUUCAAGACGGAGUCGAAACCGGUCGACGUGGCGGCACCAAAUCCCGAAAAAGUCUGCUUCCACGACCUGCCACCGUACAUCCCCGAUGGGAUUGAUUCUACCCGUCUUCGCGGCGAACUCGAGGCUGCACAUCGUUCUGAUCCCUCCAAACCGUCUCUUCGGGACCUAUUCUGGCUCGAAGCGUACUUCACGAGGCCCCUCAAGGGCUCUGCGGCGAGGAAGAAGGCAGCUGCUGAUCCGUCGGAGCCCAGUAAACGAACAGCCCGUGGUGCCACUCGUCUGAAUGAGGGCGAGAACGUCAACUUUGGAUUCCUCGUCCGCCGAACAGCUCGCGCGAUUGACGGGUACGAGCUAUCCGACCUGUUCACGACGUUCGAGAACAACUCAGACUGGUAUGUUGCUCGGGGUCUGUGGGCAGAUACUCCUGAAGGUUUCAAGACCAUGCCCGAAGUUGUAUUCGACAUGGACAUGCGCAUGCGCUCCUAUUCGGACGUAUUCGCAUACUGUUCGAACAGCUGGAAGUUUCUUUACAUGCUCAGUUACAAAUUCGCUGGCUUUUAUACUGCUAAUACCGCCAAUGCAAGAAGACGUCGAGCAAUGGUCACCCAAGCUCGCGCCGACCGUAUGCUUUCCGGCGAAAAGGCUUAUUUUUUCAAGCUCGAAACUGACGGGAAUGACGAGGACCCGCCUCUCCCUCCCGCAAAGCGCCCGAGGAUGGCUUCUGCCGCCCCAAAGAAGACAAACACCGAUUCUUCGACUGCACAAUCCACGCCGGUAUCGACACCGACAACACCCGCCGAGAUCCCGCAAGUGCUGCCAGCAUCUAACAGUGUCGCGCCGGCGACGGCGACUGUACCACUCGACUCCCAUUCUGCAUCGCCCGUGCCGAACCCUUUUGACAAUGACGUCGGUGGCGAUAGCAUUGACGAUAUGUAUGCAGAACCUGCGGAAUACGCCACGGCUAUCAGUAUCCCGCUUCUGCCCAUCGCCACCCCUUCCCAUUCCGAAGAAGGUAUGGACGUCGACUCUCCGAGAGUCGACGUUUCGCUUGGAUCAGAUGCCUCAACGCCACUCCCUGCUUCAUUGGGCAAGAACACCGACUCGCCUAAACCGGAUGUUUCGAAGGCAGUGCAGCAAGACGUUGUCACGGGCGCCGCUCCUCACCCCGUCGCUUCGACCCAAACUGCAGUACCAAGCAAGCCACCUGCGAUGGAGCACAAUGUCGCUACCCCUGGUCAGAAAGGAGUCGCGCAGCGCAAGAAGGUAUCAGAUCGAUUUGCUUCUCUCAAACCAUCGACGCCCAAUGCCUACACGUUCUCUGCACCGAAGGUCCCAGCAACCCCUGCACGACCAGCUUUGACGUCAACAGUGGGACCCAACCUCCCUUUUCGUUCCCCUAAUCCCGAUAUGCCCCCUGCAUCCCCUGCACCCGUUCAUGCAUCUGAGCCCGACUCGGUUCCCGUUGGUGCCGAAGGCUCUCCCUUUGUUGCGAAUGAAUCAUCCCGCUCCGACACCACUACUGGAAGAUCUGCCGCAUAUCUACAAGCCUUCGCCGAGGCAGCACCGGCUGGAGGUCCCCUCAUGGUUCCGAGGCGAAAGGCUACACGCCCUAGCAGUGCAAGUGCUCCGCGACGGAGGAAGUGGAACCCCGGAAAUCGUACGGAAUUGGAGCCGACAUGCGGGCGUGACUGGCUUACGUGGGCCGAGAAUGCCAACGGUCCGACGAAGGACGACUUCUUGGACUUCCUCACUACGCAGUAUGUAGGUGUUGUUGAGAAGUGGUACACAUACUGUAGUGCAAAAGAGACCAGUGCGGGUACCGAGGUGGCAGCGCAGAGUUACGCGGUGAAAGCCGAGGCUCUCUCGACCCUCGAAGGCGGUCCCGAAUAG